AUGCCCAUUCCCAGUCUCAGCUUCUCCAGACAGUUUUCCUCGACCCUACUUCGGGCUGGGAAAAUGGCCUCAACACGGCUCGAUGGGGCUCGAAUCAAGUUUGGACCGUUCGAGGUCACCAACCAGGUCUUUCUAAAAACCCCACACUCCUUUGCGCUGGUCAAUCUGAAGCCUCUGAUCCCGGGCCACAUUCUCGUGUGCCCUUUGAACCCGCACCGCCGGCUGACAGACCUGACGGCGCCCGAGCUGACCGAUCUCUUCACGACGGUGCAGCUGACGCAGCGCCUCCUCGCGAAGCUCUACUUCCCCGAGAACAACCCGGACGUGGGAAGCUUCAACGUGGCGCUGCAGGACGGGCCGGAGGCGGGUCAGACGGUGCCGCAUGUGCACGUACACGUGAUCCCCAGGACGCCGGAUGACUUGCCGCGUAAUGACGAUGUGUACAAGGGCAUGUCUGGCGAGGAGGGCAACGUAGGCGGCGCAAUGUGGGACGAGAUGAGGCGACCGGUUCCGGGUGGGGCGAUGCCACAGAUUGAAGACGAGGACCGCAAGGCAAGGUCAGAGGCUGAGAUGGGUGAAGAGGCAGAGAGAUACAAGGCGGCGUUGAGAGAAUUGGGUGUCGAGUAG